AUGUCUGUAACUGCAAAGAUACGGUUUCUUCCUCCUCACGUUACUACUGUAAUCUUCCCAACAACUCAAUGUAACCCUCUAGAAGAGAAAGACCUCAUAGCAUUGAUCAAUCUCUAGUUUAUCCUUACACGAUUUGAUGGUGUGAGAGGAUCCAGGGACAAUGCUUACAUUGAAAGUGGAUUUAAUAGUCUCUCUGAACUCUCUAUGUCAAAGUUCUUGGGAGUUCGGAAGCUCCUUACAUUGUUCACAAUCACACAUGUCGUCCUUUAUCAUUGAUUCUAUGUUUUGUCUCUUUUUAAAAAACAAGCAUUUCCAUCUCAACCACUUAAGAUUUCCCACUAGACUUCUUUUCCAAAAAUAGCAUAUUAUGUUCAACUGUAGUCUAAGAUUAGGUUUGAUGCUUUUUCUUUUAUCAAAAGGGUUUGAUGCUUAAUAACUGUUUAGGUUGAAGAAUUAAAUCACAUUGAUUGUUGUUUGUUUGGUUAUCCAAACACAUUCAUUGCUGAGUAUUUGGAGUAGGUCUCUUUUGACCUAGUAAAGAUCUUCACAUGUUUAUGAAAAGAAAUACACUAAUUAUCUUGAUGCGGUUGCUUUUACCUCCUGAUGGGUUUAUGCUUAGCCUUUGAAAGAUGCAGCAGCAAACAGGCCAUUGUUUUUUUUUUUUUUUUUUUUUGGUAAACAUAAGCUACCAAAAAUUGUUUGUACAGUGUGGUUUAGUUUGUAAAAGUUAUAGAAGACAAUUAUGUAUAACUUAACCACAAUUAAAUCUGGAGUAACAGAAAUACCCACCCACCUACCUACCUACUCCAUGAAAAGUUCAUUCCGUUUUCCAAACUCUCAGUCGGCGCGUAAUCCUAGUUUAGAUGUACUAGACUACACGGUGUUCUUAUACACGUGACACAAAACGGAGCGUAGCUCAUUCUGUUUUGGCAUUAUUACUGACGUGGCAAAAUCGGACAUAAGCUUCCUAAGUGAUAAACUCAUAAGCUAUGUAUACGGUAGGCCUGGACACGGAUCAAAUAUCCGAGUUUUGAAAGUAUUUGUGAUUUGUUUUGUAUGCUACGAAUAUCUAAUUUUUCGAUUUGCUUUGCUUCGAAAAAAUACGGAUAUUCGAAAAAACGGAUAUCCAAAAAAUAAAUAGAUAUUUGCGGAUAUUUACGAAUACGUACGGAUAUCUCAUAUGUUUUGAUUAAUGCAAAUAAUCUUAAAAAUUUGAUACAAAUUUAUUUUGUAAAAUAUUGUUUGCAUGAUAUAUAAGAUAAAAUUAAAAUAAAUAGUGAAUCCACAUAUUUUGUAAAAAAAAAUUAAACUUAUUUAAAAUUUAUAAUAAGACAAAACUUAAGAAAAAAUUAUAAUUGUCAUAAAUUUAGUCAUUUCCUUUUAUGUAAUAUUUUUAUAUAAGUAAUAAUGUGAAUAGAAUUUGUCAAAUCAUAUGUUAGAAUAACAAUUAUAUAAUUUUAUACAUUUAAAAAAUCAAGAUAUACAUGAUUUAUAUAUUACCGGUUCGGAUCGGACAUUCGCUUCCCAAAAUUUUAAUAUUUGUGAUUUGCUUCGAUUUUAACGGAUAUUGAUUUUUAGUAUUUGCUUUGCUUCGAAGGUUUACGGAUAUCCGGAAUAUUCGAAUCAAAUCGAAACGAAUAACGAAUCGAAUCAAAUUUAACUCGAAAAAAUUGGGUGCUAUCAUAUAGCUUUGUAUCGGCUAAGUUCACGAGUUGGAGAUAAGCGGACUCGAACCGCUGAUAUCCACCACAGGGAUGUGCGUUUGAGUUAAAUAUACCAUGGGUACUGUGGUUGGAACUGUUGUUGAGGAGUGCAGAGAGUUGUUUGAAGGGCAGUGCUCAGACAAGGAUCACACCCAACAACUCAGAUUGCCUACAAGCUUGUCUGGGUUGCAGGAGAUGGGAGACUAGUGCCUGCAACCGAUGAAGAAAUUUUGGAGGUGAACGAGUCGGAUAUGUAUACUGCAUCAGAUGCUUCUCAGACUAUAGGCUACCUUCCUGCCCAAGGGUUACCUCCUCGGUUGUCCCACCCACAUUAAAUUUCUCAAGACCAGGUGAGAAGAAAUCAGAAUCUAUCUGAAAAUCUGAGGUCAGGUCUAUUAUCGUAUCCUCAAGGAAGAGAGUUGCCGUCACCAGGGUGGUAUCCUUUGCUGGAUCUGAAAUUGAGGUUCCAUAUGUUUCUCAUGUCAGAAGAAGCCGUCCAAGUGAGUACAUUAUUUUUGGCUCUUAUAGUAUUUAUCUUGGUUACUCAUUCUUCUCAAUAUUGCACAUAUGGGAAAAACGAUUUGUGUAUGUUCUUGUGUGCGUAGUUAGCUUUGCUUUUAA